AUGUUACGUUUGAAGGGAAAGGAAAAGCAAGGAGAAAUAAGCCAAAACGCAGUUGUAUUGAAGCAAAAGGAAAUGAAGUUUGUUAAGAGUUUGGCUCCACCUCUAAUGGCUGCCCUUGUAGCCUUAUCUCCCAUAGGCAACACCCCAGUGUCACUAGGACAAACCCUAGAUAUACAAAAAGGUGCCAAGUUGUUUAACCGUGCUUGUAUUGGGUGUCAUGAUGCCGGUGGAAACAUAAUUCAACCUGGUGCAACACUCUUCACGAAGGACCUCGAAAGAAAUGGAGCAGACACUGAAGAAGAAAUAUAUCGCAUAACAUAUUUUGGCAAGGGAAGAAUGCCGGGAUUUGGUGAGAAUUGUACUCCAAGAGGACAGUGCACAUUUGGACCACGUUUGCAGGAUGAAGAGAUUAAGCUCUUAGCUCAAUUUGUAAAGUCACAGGCAGAUCAAGGCUGGCCAACCAUAGAAAUUAGUCAAGAUUGA